AUGUGCGCAGAGCUCUUAGGCACACUAGUGACCCUGGCGUUGGUGUUGGCCAGCUUUGAUGCGGCUCGGGGCACUGAAGCCACCAACCCGCCGGAGGGGCCCCAGGACAGGACCCCCCAGCAGAAGGGGCGCCUGUCCUUGCAGAACACAGCUGAAAUCCAGCACUGCCUGGUUAAUGCUGGCGAUGUGGGAUGUGGAGUGUUUGAAUGCUUUGAAAACAAUUCUUGUGAGAUCCGAGGCUUACAUGAGAUCUGCAUGACAUUCCUGCACAACGCUGGAAAAUUUGAUGCCCAGGGAAAAUCCUUCAUUAAAGAUGCUCUGAAGUGUAAGGCUCAUGCCUUGAGGCAUAAAUUCAGCUGCAUCAGCCGUAAGUGCCCUGCCAUUAAAGAGAUGGUGUUCCAGUUACAGCGGGAGUGCUACCUGAAGCAUGACCUGUGCUCCGCCGCCAAGGAGAACGUCCAGGUCAUUGUGGAGAUGAUUCACUUCAAAGACCUGCUGCAGCACGAGCCAUAUGUUGACCUAGUGAAUAUCCUGCUCACCUGUGGUGAGGAGGUGAAAAAGGCAAUAACAAGAAGCGUCCAGGCCCAGUGUGAACAGAACUGGGGAAGUCUCUGCUCUAUCCUGAGCUUCUGCACCUCAGCUGUGCACGGUGACUCCAUCCUGAGUCCCGAGAAGAAGCCAGGCGAAGCCAACAAAGCUGCUGCUGGCCGUGGGGACAUGCUGGCCCACUCUGAAUCUGACCACAGGGAGAGCUUGCGAGCAUCCAAGGGAGAGAGAGGUACUAAGGGCCACUUGAACACCCAUGCCCGGGUGAAAGCUGGGGCCCACAGUCCCAAAGGGGCACAUGGGAGCAUGGACCGGGCAGACGAACUGUCCGACUUCUCUGACAUCCGGAGGUGAAAAAAGGCACCGACUUCCCCUUUACCCCUUUCCUCCCCCUCCACUGGAAACGUCCUCCGUUGAGUCCAUCUCCCUAUAUAUGGACAUUCCAAAGCAUUUCCCAUUCAGAGGUCAAGCACAGGGCAUUGCAAGAUAUUUGGACCUCAGCAACCGUGUAUAUAGUAGCAAAGGGAGAGCAGUGGUAAUGGGUUAUCGAUCCAGCAAGCUCAACACUUGAGUGGCCACCAAAUGUGGCAAAAUGUCUCCAACUAAAUUCUUUUCCCCUUUUUACAAAAUGGAUGUUGGUUGGAAUUCAGGAUCUUGUUCUGAGGUUGUUGGGUUUUUUGAGGGAGUUGUUUUUUCUUGGUCCCCUCGGCUGGGGAGAAGGUUACAAGAAGGCUCUGCCAGACUGUAUUUGGCCACAUGUGGCUUCGCGCCCCUGAAGAUUUAGGGCACAGUCUUAAAGCAGAUGGCCAAAUCCUGAAGGGAUUUGGUUUCUGCCUGUGGCUGAGAACGUGAGAGCUCGAGGCUCUCUCUGUGAUAUUCUGUAGUGAACCAGCUAUCUCAUUUCUUGCACAGGAACCCUGCAGUCUUGAGCUCUGCCGUUUUCUCUUAAGUAACUUCUGAGCCAUUGUUCCCAUCUGGGCAAUGCUGCCUAGUUUAAGUGCCCCCUGUUUGUUUUUUAACCACUGCAUAGCUUGACACUUGCUUAUCCAGUUACUUCAGGAUGCCAGAGGCCUAAGUGGUCGGCUUCCAGGCAAGGCACCUGGACUGCUACAACUUGCUUAGCUACAGAACGCAAUGUGGAGGACCCCCCAAGCGUAGGUUCAUAGACCUCUAAACUCCCUGGGCAUAUUCUCUUCUACAAAUUAUACCUGCCUGCUCAGUGACCCAGCUACAAUAGCAGCCGCCUCCACCCUUCUGGACAGCCCAAGCUUGCAAGGAUGGGUGUAGGCUCAGGCAGUUAAGGAGCCAAUAUACUAAGUUAUUCUGUGGGGCUGCGUUGGAGGCUCAUUAGAAGUGUCUCUCUUUGGAAGCAGCGUGGUGCAGGUGUCGAUUAGCUGCGGUUUAUCAAAAUGCCAAAGACAUUGAGAGGGGGGUUGACUUUUUGUUAAUUGUCAUGCGGAUAAUGACCGCCAAGGUCUGCAGAACUGGUUACUGGAGAGGGAAGUGUGUCAAGAGCUCAUUCUUUCUGGGUAGUCUGUAGUGCAAACAAGGUGUUAGGACACAUCUUUCUUACCCCUAUCCCCUAUGAGAAUUGUAAUUCUCAGGUUGCAGAUCUGCAAUCCUCUAUCCCCAGAUGCUGUACUGGAAAUGUAGGUUACAGCACCCAUGGGGACAGAAGGGUGAGCUCUUCAGCUUCUCCGGAGAAAAAGUGAAUUUUCUUAGAAAGUGGGAAUCGCACCAAGCAUUUUUGAGCCUUCUCAUUUAGGAAGUCUGGGAGGAAAGCUGUGGGGCAGUUCAGUAGAGACAGAACGUACCCAGUGAACUAACGUACGUCUUGUCGCAUGGUGGGUAGGAGCUGUAUAAACGGUAGAGCAUGUUGGAAUUUGGCUACAAUUUCCAACUUAGAUUUUAGUUACUGCUAAGUGAACACAGCUCCUAAUAACUUUAUUCAGAGUUUAAUGUAUGUAUCCACCAGCAGAAUUUAUAGGCACUACUUUUAAUAGAAGUCACGUAGGAAGCAAGAGAGGAUCGUUAAAUUGAAAAGAUGUGUCCUCAUGUGAUCACCAGGUCUUUAUUUAAAGAAGGGACCUUGAUCUUGUUUGAUUUUACUGCCAGUUAAGUGCUGUGACAAAGCUCUUACUCAACUCCAUUGGGAAGAUCUGGGAUCAGGCCAAAUAUUAAAGCCGCGAAGACCGUCCUGACCUGAGGAGCAGAGCUCCUUCCAGUGAGUGCAAGUUGGCCUGUUCAGCUGUAAUAAAACUCUCCCGUGGAUGUUGUCCCCAGGAUGUCACAAGGGAGGAGCGAGCUUGCCAAUGCUAACUCCUGCCUAGCUCUCUGAUGGCCAACACCUCUGCUCCGCAAACCGAGUCUGACUGCUGGUGAUACCAUAAGCGAGUCUCUGGUCUCCCUUCCCCUGAGUUUCCUGUGAGCAUCCUCUUUCCCCUUAGUGGUCCAUAGCCACAGUAAAGAACAAGCUCAAACCAAAAAGAGAAUCCAACUGUUUUAGCAAAAAAAACAAACACAAAACAGAAACAACUCACUACCAACGUAAUGUUCUUGCAUCAAACUAAAAUAAGAUCCCUCUCUCAUUAGGGGCCUGACUCAUCUAUGGCAACCAAACAUAUAGAUAUACAUCCUUGAAUGUCUCAGUCAACAUAUCACCUCAGCAUGCAUACAGUUUUAUUUGUAUUCGUUCAUUCUGAGUGGGGAAAAUUGUAUAUUCCCCUUGUUUAGUCAAUGAAAAUUUCUUUUUUUUUGUUUUGUUGGGAGCUGUGGGUGGGGGGGGAUU